CGACUGGGGGAACCCAACCCUUCCUUAGUCUUGAACAUAUGUAAUCUUGCAGCUCAACAAAAAAUGGCAGCUCGUACGAAUAUUUUCAAACAAAUGGAAAAAGUGAGCAGUACAACGGCAUCACCCCGUACUAUGAAUCCAAACUCAAUCAAGGAUGCACUACUUCGAUGGGUUCAAAAUCGAGUGCAAGGAUAUCCGAAUGUCUCCGUCACCAACUUCUCAUCGUCAUGGGCAGAUGGAAUGGCUUUCUGUGCGCUAAUCCAUCGAUUCGCACCGGAUGCAUUUGACUUCAACAAAUUGGACCCAAAAAACAGAAAACAGAACUUUGAACUCGCGUUCAGAGUAGCAGAAGAACAUGGAAUUUGUCCGCUAUUGGAAGUGGAUGACAUGAUUAUGAUGGGUGAUCGACCAGAUUGGAAAUGUGUAUUUACCUAUGUGCAAUGUUUCUACAAACAAUUCCGUGAACACCCUUAA